AUGUUGACACCUGCGGUCGCCGGCUACGUCGUCUGUUCUGUCAUUACUGGAGUCCUCACCAGUGAUUUCGGUUACUACAUUCCUGGGAUGAUUAUCGGAACGGCACCGGCAAUCACUGGAAGCGCACUUCUGACAACCAUCACCCUGCGAACGUUGACCGCUGGGACUGUCGGGUACCAACAGCUCUACGGACUCGGUGUCGGCUUUGAAUUUCGCCAGCCAAGCUACGUUGUUCAAGACUUACUUCCUCCUUUCGAAGUCGCCAUGAGUGUAACUCUAAGUACACCGUCCCAGGAUCCCAGCGCUUCUAUUUUUGUGGCUGUUAGGUAG